AUGGCCCCCAAGUCUACUUCUUGCUAUGCUCGUGUCUUUUCGAUAACUUUAUUCGUCAUUUUCAUGGCUAGUCAUGGAUCGAACGCCGCCACCAAAGCCCUACUCAUAAAAAUUGAUCCAUCGGGGAAGGGAGACUAUAGGAAAAUACAAGAUGCCAUUGAUGCAGUGCCAUCAAACAACAAACAAGUUGUACUCAUAUCUGUUAAGCCUGGAAUCUACGAAGAAAAAAUUAUUGUGCCUGCCAAUAAACCUUUCAUUACAAUAAGCGGUUCUAACCCAAAUGACACUGUCAUAACUUGGAAUGAUAGUGGGAAUAUUUUUGAAUCGCCUACUUUCUCAGUUUUGGCUUCUGAUUUUGUUGCCCAAUACCUCACUAUUCAGAAUACGUAUGGAGUUGGUGCCAAAGCAGUAGCAUUGAGGGUAUCUGGAGACAGGGUAGCUUUCUUCGGGUGCAGGAUCUUAUCGUACCAGGAUACCUUGUUAGACGACACUGGAAGGCAUUAUUAUAGCAAUUGUUACAUUGAAGGUGCUGUUGAUUUCAUUUGUGGGAAUGCUGCUUCUCUUUUUGAGAAAUGCCAUUUGCAUUCACUAUCAGAAGGAGAUGCAUCAAUAACAGCCCAACACAGAGACUCACCAUCACAAAACACAGGAUUCACUUUCUUGGGUUGCAAGAUAACUGGAGUUAAGACUGCUUUACUAGGAAGGGCAUGGGGUCCAUAUUCCAGGGUCAUUUUUGCCUUCACUUAUAUGUCUAAUGUGAUUCUGCCACAAGGAUGGGAUGACUGGGGAGACUCAUCCAAACAAAGUUCGGUGUUCUAUAGAGAAUACAAAUGUUAUGGACCUGGUGCUAGUACAAAGAAAAGGGUUGAAUGGGCAAAAGAGCUGACUAUCGAAGAAGCAAAUCCUUUUUUGACGAAGAACAUGAUUGGGGGCAAGAGUUGGAUUACAUCAACGACAUAUCGUUUCACGAAAUUGUCUUCAAAUGCCAUUUCUAGAAAUAACACUCGACAUCAUGCCUGAUUAAUAGCAGCCUUGCUAAAGUUUUGCAUUAAUUCUUUUUUUCUUUUUUAAUUCGUUUCACAUGCACCA